AUGUUUAUCCUCUGUUCAUCUUCCUUCAACUCCAACACCAGUAAUGCUGAUGCUCGAUCCAUUUCUCUUAAUCUCAUCGUAUCUCCAAGUUUCUCGUUUACCCCCAGCGAUGGCGAUUCGACUCAUCCUGCCCCAUCCUCGCCCAAGAUGGCAGAGGGUUGGUCCAGUAAUGAUGCGGACAUAGUCAGGGCCGAGGACCUUUCACCCAUGGCCGCAUCUAUGAGGGCGUUUGAAUUUCUGGCUCACAUACCUCCAUGCAUCUUCACGACUUACUCUGCGGACGUCUUCCUUCGCAACCUGAAGGGAAGUCCACAUGCACAAGAGGUCCAAACUCGUCACUUUCAAGCGCUUCGUAGAGAAAAACGCUGUACGGCAUCGAUGUCUAGUACUACUGCUUACUCGAGAUGGGAUUCCGGAUUUCGGCCUUCGCGUGCACCGAGAUCACACUCUUUCGUUGCCUCGAUUCAUUCUGCGCCAUGGAAAUCCCGACGCAACAGAUACGGUGACCAUGCCUCGGGAUCGACACCCAUCUGCUCUCCGACCGAAGGCGAAGCAACACUAGAGCCACCACUACAGGUCUCACUCCUCGACUUUAUGAGGAUCCUUGAGGUUAUGUUGGACGAAUGCGGUUCAUAUACAGUAGCCUGUUCGGGGUGA